UCAACCACAUUGCUGUGGGUCUGGAGUCACAAGUAGACCAGACCAGGAAAGGCUCAUUUUGAUGUCCAAUAUCUGCAAGACAUUCACAGAACACACGGGCUUGAAAUGAGAAAUUCAGAAGAAGGAGCAAGUGGGACAGUUCUACAGCGUUUGUUGCAAGAGCAGCUCAGAUAUGGAAACCCCAAUGAGAAUCGAAACCUCCUUGCCUUGCACCAGCAAGCCACAGUAAAUGUCAUUGCCUACAAUAGUAAUGGGUCUGUAGUACCUACAAAUGAUGGUCUGACACAAGAUGAGCGUCAAGUGGUCCCACAUUCUGCACGACAGGAACCCCAGGGCCAGGAGCUGCAAGUUGACAAUAGUGUCAUGGAGAAACAGCUGCAGACCAGAGCAGCACAAGCACAGAAUAAUGAGGAACUGCCAACUUAUGAAGAAGCGAAGGUCCAAUCACAGUUUUUCAGAGGACAGCAACAUACAGCAGCAGGAACUGCUUUCUUUGUUACUGGAAUAAAUAACCAGAAGAUGAGAACUGAAGGGCAGUCCACUGUCCAGAGGCUGGGUGCUGGAAAGGUUCACCAAGAUGAUGGACUUAAAGACUUGAAACAAGGUCAUGUUCGUUCUCUCAGUGAACGGCUUAUGCAGCUCUCCUUAGCUACGAGUGGUGUAAAAGCACAAUCUUCAAUUGCAAGUAAUGUAAUUUCGUCCCAACAGGCGAAUGAAUUCUACACACAUGCUGGGCAUGUUUUGUCUCAGACGUCCAUAAAGGGAAUAGACCCUAGGGGGCCUCCACCUGAAUAUCCUUACAAAAAUAUGUCAACUUUACCUGUUACUUCCAAGGCUCAGGACUAUGGCAGUUUCUACAGUGACUUUAGACUGGGGGUGACAACAGAGGGUUUGAAGCCUUCCUCAAACUCUCAACAACAGAUUAAGCCAGAUGCUCCUGUUAUGAGAUAUCAACCGCCUCCUGAGUAUGGGGCUGUCAGGCAAACUCAAGAGGGGUCAACACAUCAGCAGUUGCAGUUACAGCAGCGAAACUAUCAACACAGCCCAUCGUCAUCUCAGACAUCAAUGGGAUCUACGUCAGUGAUGCAGCCACCACCCUCACCGAGUCUGUUGGCUGCUCAACACCAACAGAACCCCCUUGCAAGCCACCUGAAUCAGCAGUUCCAGGGUGACCCAUUGGCCAUUGUCUUGCGAGCUCAGCAAAUGGUAGAAAUCUUAUCUGAGGAAAACCGUGCUCUUCGACAGGAGUUGGAGGGAUACUACGACAAAGUAGCUAAAUUACAGAAGUUGGAGAUGGAAAUUGAGAGGGUUUCAGAAGCUUAUGAAAACCUGGUGAAAUCUUCUUCCAAGAAGGAAACCUUGGAAAAAGCCAUGCGGAACAAGUUGGAAGGUGAAAUCCGCAGACUUUAUGACUUCAAUCGAGAUCUAAGAGAUCGACUGGAAACUGCUAACAAACAGCUUGCUGUUAAAGAAUGUGAAGGUUCUGAAGACAGCCGAAAAACUAUUGCUCAGCUCAUUGGGCAAAAUAAAGAAAAUUUAAGAGAAAAGGAGAAGCUGGAAAUGGAGCUCUCUGCUCUCCGUUCUACCAAUGAGGAUCAGAGAAGACACAUUGAAAUCCGGGAUCAGGCCUUGAACAAUACACAAGGGAAAGUGGUCAAAUUGGAGGAGGAGCUGAAGAGGAAGCAGGUGUAUGUGGACAAAGUAGAAAGAAUGCAACAAGCUCUGAUCCAGCUGCAGGCAGCAUGUGAGAAACGGGAGCAGCUUGAACAUCGGCUACGAACCCGACUUGAAAGGGAAUUGGAAUCCCUUCGGAUGCAGCAGCGUCAGGGUACCUCCCAGAGCCCCACUGCUCCUGAGUGUAAUGCCACUUCCUUAAUGGAACUGCUACGUGAGAAGGAAGAGCGAAUCCUGGCUUUGGAGGCUGACAUGACAAAGUGGGAACAGAAGUAUCUUGAAGAAAGUGUGAUGCGUCAGUUUGCAUUGGAUGCUGCAGCUACAGUGGCAGCUCAAAGGGAUACCACAGUUCUCGGCCAUUCUCCAAAUGGUAGCUAUGAAACAUCCUUGGAAGCUCGGAUCCAGAAGGAAGAGGAGGAAAUUCUGAUGGCCAACAGGAGGUGCCUCGACAUGGAAAGCAGGAUUAAGAAUCUCCACGCUCAAAUUAUUGAGAAAGAUGCUAUGAUCAAAGUUCUCCAACAGAGAUCACGGAGAGAACAAGUCAAAACGGAACAACCAGCUGCUUUAAGACCAUCAAAGUCCCUUGUUUCAAUUUCCAAUGCUACAUCUGGACUUUUGUCUUAUCCCACAUUGCUGUCCAGUAAUCCAAUCAUUGAGGAGAAGAAGGAAGACAAGAGUUGGAAAGGCAGUUUGGGUUUUCUGCUCAGCACAGAUAGGAAUGAAUCGCAUUCUUCCUCCUCUUCACCGGUUCUACCCUCCACACCACUUCUUUCAGCGCAUUCUAAAACAGGAAGCCGGGAUAGCAGCACCCAGACAGAAAGAGGUCCUGAGCAUAACAAAUUGGGCACUGCCUCACCAUCACAAGGAAAGCCAGGCAGUACUAGCCCUGCAAGUAUGGAAAAAACAGAUAUUGCCAGUUCUCCUGACUCUUUACAGCAAUUACUGUUUUUGUUCCUGACCUGUGAAUGUUUGUCGCAGGUACUAGGUGGCUAA